CAGUCAGUGGUGAGGCCCACGCCUGACUGAUGUAAAUAUUGUCACCAGUGGUCAAAUAUUUCCGUAUUACAAUGUCUUGUGACGUAAUUUUCGUGUCUUGGCUGGAGCAACGCUUUUCGGAGUGCCCCCUCAUUGAUGCUACUCACAGAGAUGUGGAUGUGCUGUUACUGCUUUCUAACUCUGCCUACUACGUUGCCUAUUAUGAUGAUGAAGUUGAUAAAGUAAACCAGUAUCAACGACUAAGUCUAGAAGACCUGGAAAAAAUAGAAAUAGGUCCUGAACCCACUCUUUUUGGUAAGCCAAAGUUCUCCUGCAUGCGGCUGCACUACAGAUACAAAGAAACAAGUGGCUAUUUCCACACAUUGAGAGCUGUAAUGCGCAAUCCAGAAGAGGAUGGGAAAGAUACGCUUCAGUGCAUUGCGGAGAUGCUACAGAUCACCAAGCAAGCCAUGGGGCUGGAUGUGCCUAUAAUCGAGAAAAAACUUGAGAGGAAGAGCAGUAAACCUCAUGAAGACAUAAUUGGCAUCAGAUCUCAAAACCAAGGGUCUCUGGCCCAGGGAAAAAAGUUUUUAAUGAGCAAAUUUUCAUCUCUAAAUCAAAAAGUGAAACAGACCAAAUCCAAUGUAAAUAUUGGCAAUUUACGAAGGCUGGGAAACUUUGCAAAACCAGAAAUGAAAGUUAAUUUUCUGAAACCAAACUUAAAAGUAAAUCUUUGGAAAUCAGAUAGUAGUCUUGAAACCAUGGAAAACACAGGUGUGAUGGAUAAUACAGUCCAGGCAGAGUCUGAUGGGGAAAUGUCUUCAGAUAAUGACUCCUACCACUCUGAUGAAUUCCUUACAAAUUCCAAGUCUGAUGAGGACAGGCAGCUAACUAAUUCUCUAGAGAACGUGGGGCCAAUAGACUAUGUUCUUCCUAGUUGUGGCAUUAUUGCUUCAGCACCUCGAUUAGGCAGAUCCCAGUCUAUUAGCAGCACUGAUGUUAGCAUUCAUGCUCCUUCAGAUAUUACUGUUGUAGCUCACGGAAGUGAGUGUGGAAAAGGCUGUGAGUCUCCUUUAAAAAAAAGUCCUUCUGCUGACGAUAUACACACAGUGACCGGCUUUGCCAAGCCUGUGGACAUUUACUGCCACCGGUUUGUACAGGACGCGCACAACAAGAUGGCCCAACUGCCCGAAACCAGAUGUGUUUCUCAGCAGGCUAGUGAGGAAGGAAAUCAAACAACCAAUCAAGUUUCCAAUGAAGAAACCCAAUCUGAAUCAACGGAACACAUACCUUCUCGACCAUCUCAAUUAGAUGUGUGUUUUUCUGCAACAGGCCCACAGUUUUUGUCUGUCGAACCAGUGCAUUCAGUUGUCUCUCAAAAGACCCCCGGCUCUGGCUCCAGCACGCUUGAACUUGAGGCAGGGCUUCAUGUAACUCCUUCUCCUUCGGAGAGCAGCAGCAGAGCCGUCUCUCCCUUUGCAAAGAUUCGGAGCUCCAUGGUCCAGGUCGCUAAUAUGACUCAAGCUGGGUUAACCCAGGGAAUAAGCUUUGCAGUGGCAAAGGUUCAAAAGAGCCCUGCAGAACCUGAAGUGGUUAAUGAAGUCCAGCAAAAUGAACUUAAAAAUAUGUUUACACAAUGCCAGACGCGAAUAAUUCAGAUUUAGUUUUUAGCCACAAUCCUAUGGCUUUUAAUUAAAAAAAAAAAGUUU